AUGGUCAAUUUUCUUCUAGUGUGCCUCGCUGUGCUCCCCUCUAAUCCCUUAACUGGCAGUGCACAUGCUGGGGCCGCUCAGCACGAUCAACCGCCCCAUCGGACACCCGCAUCUCAUCCGCUCGCUUCACCCCUCCACCCAUCCACGCACAACAUACACGAGAACCACCCCCUCGCUUCUACCAUCCUGGUCCAAGCACGCCACUCAACCUACCAACCUGCACCCUCGCCUCUCGAAACACGAAAAGCGACACUGCCGUCCCCCUCGGAAGCAUCACGGCCCAAGUACAACUUCAGCGUCCGUCGGAAUGUGUAUUAUGGCGGUGAGCUUCCGAGGUAG